UGAAUCCAACGCGAAGGGAAAAUAUAAAGUAUAAUGAAUCCAAUGGCUGUAAAGGAUUCCUUCAUUGUUACAACUGUGAAGUCGUGACAGUGUAUGUGCAGUAAACCCAAGUAAAUCGGUGAAUGUGGUUGCCCAUCGGAUUCAUAAUCAGAUCCACCGUCGCCAUCAUCAUCACUCUCUAAUCUUAAUUCACACACAUUACAUUACAUUACAUUUCAUUACCCUCAUCAACAUUUCAGAUCUCAAAAACAAAAAUGAAGAAUUCGAAUUCUAACUCAAACUCAAACUCAAACUCUAGCACGAGUACCAGUAGAACAGAACCAAUAGGCCAAAACCUCAUCAAACUAAUAAGCAACCUUUGCUUCUCACUAUUCGUUUUCUCAGUUCUCAUCUUCACCGUCAUUGCUAUAACAUACCAACCUCCUGAUCCAUGGCUUCAAUCUUCACCAGCUCUCACCAACCUCUUCACUCAAUCCCAAAACGCCACCUUCCAAAUCGACUCUUCCGUUAUUCAAACCGGCGAAGACAUCUCUAUCUCCCCACAGGAUUCACCUCUCCCUCUUCCUCCCUCUGCCGUCGCCGCCGCAACAACUCCCGCCGUCACUGAAGCUCUAAUCGAAAAAAACGAAGAGCAAAUUAUCACCAAUUCCACAUCCCCCGGUCCUUCCUCCUCUUCAUGUGAUGACCUAAUCGGAACCCUAAAUUGCUCCGAUCCUCGCGUUCUUAUCGCUAUCCAGAGAUUCAACCUUCGCGCAUUCAAGUCUAUUUCAUUCUUCGAGUAUCAAACACCGGUGAACGGCUCUGUUUCCGGCGAGUGUGACGUCGCGUGGCGAUUCCGCAACAAGAGGGAGAAGUCGUGGCGAAAGUACCGUGAUUUCCGACGAUUCGGGAUUGCGGUAACUGACGAUUGUCACUACAAGGUCGUUCACGCCGGCGGUUGGCAUUCCGGCACAAACGCACGGAGAAACCCCGCUCUCCGGACACGAACCGGUGGCGGUAAGGGCAAAACCUUGCCGCGGAUUUCGAGCCGAGACGAUGAGAUUAACGACACGAUUCCGAGUUUGGGAUCGGAGAGUGACUUCAGGAAUGGGAAGUAUUUGUAUUAUUCACGAGGUGGUGAUUAUUGCAAGGGUAUGAAUCAUUAUCUUUGGAGUUUUUUGUGUGGUUUAGGUGAAGCUAUGUAUUUGAAUAGAACUUUUGUUAUGGACUUGAGUGUUUGUUUGGCUUCCAUUUAUAACCCUAGUAAUAAAGAUGAAGAAGGAAAAGAUUUUAGGUAUUACUUUGAUUUUGAGCAUUUGAAAGAGGUAGCUUCCAUUGUUGAGGAAGGUGAGUUUUUGAGAGAUUGGAAAAAAUGGGAUAAGACCCAUCUUAAGAAAAAGAAGGUUCCUGUUAGAAAAGUUGUCACUCAUAAGAUAACUCCUAUGCAACUUCAGAAAGAUAAGAGCACCGUCAUUUGGAGGCAAUUUGAUUCACCUGAGCCUGAGAAUUACUGGUAUAGGGUUUGUGAAGGUCAAGCUGCAAAGUAUAUUCAGAGGCCUUGGCAUGCUUUGUGGAAAUCAAAGAGGUUGAUGAACAUUGUAACCGAGAUUAGUGGAAGAAUGGACUGGGAUUUUGAUGCAGUUCAUGUGGUUCGUGGGGAGAAAGCUCAAAACAAGGAGCUUUGGCCUCAUUUGGAUUCUGAUACUUCGCCGGAUGCGCUUCUUGAGAAGCUUAAAGGGAUGGUUCAGCCUUGGAGGAAUUUGUAUGUUGCUACUAAUGAGCCUUAUUAUAAUUACUUUGAUAAAUUGAGGUCGAAUUUCAAGGUACAUUUGCUUGAGGAUUAUAAGGAACUAUGGGGGAAUGCAAGUGAAUGGUACAAUGAAACCAGUGUUCUCAACAAUGGAAAACCUGUUGAGUUUGAUGGAUACAUGAGAGUUGAAGUGGAUACAGAGGUUUUUUACCGUGGAAAGAAUCGUGUCGAAACAUUCUAUAAUUUAACUAAAGAUUGCAAAGAUGGAGUUAAUACAUGCUGAUCAGAUUGACACUACUGGUUUUGAUGCUUCUUAAGAAUUUUUUGUACAAUCACUCCUUUCUUUUUGAUUCAGUUUUAGAUUGAUACCAUGGGGUUACAUUUAAGAUCAUUGUUGUGCUUGCUUGUUCUUUUAUUGUAUUGAUGAUUGAUUAGUUGUGUUGAUUAUCAUGAUUUUGUAUACAACAUACCAUAGAUCCCUUUCUCUCCUCAGAAACUGCAUUUCUCAUUCCUCA